AUGGCAAACGAUGAUCACACAGAACGGAAUCCUCCCGUCGUAAAGUUUCGCGCGCCCGACAGGACGUUCAAGCGGGUAUUAAAGGACCGCUCGCUUAGUGAGAUUAUCGAGUCGGUGAGGGACAAGCUGCGGCUGCGUGACGAGACCAUAACGCUCGCCUACGUGGAAGACGAUACGAAGGUCGACCUAGAGGAUGACAGCGACUUUGAGGCUUUUCGCGCUACCGCACGACCAAACACAAUCCUGAAUGUGCUCGUCACCAUAGGCCAUCCGUCGCACCCCGUCGAUCGCGUUCAGUAUCGUCGCGAACAAUCAGAGGAUACCGCACGUCCAAAGCGAAAACGAAGGCAUCAACCUGUGGAUUCAUCAGAUGCAGAGGAGGAUGAAAGACGCAGAGCGGUACCCGCAGAGGUGCUCCAUAGAGACCACGCUACAUCUCCACACACCGAUCCAUCUGCCGAGCCUCCGAAAAAGAAACGCAGAAAGGAGAAGAAGGAUUCGAAGCACGCAAAGUCCACUGAACCCAUCCCCCAACUCUCCGAGCUUGCUGAUGCGAUACCUCUGGCUUCCGAGCCUCCUGAUGACAGCGCCGCGGCGGGUCCAUCUACAACUAAGCCGAAACGGCGGCACAAGGACAUUCCACGAUCUUCAAGUAGCGAACCCGCACCUCAUAAGAGCUCGCAGGACAAGUCGGCCUUGCGCGCAAGCAACGCUGGAGACGACGGUGAACCGGCGCAAACGGCCGAGCCUAGUAAACCACGGAAGCGCAAACGUACGCUGUCGCAAGGCUCUGACGCCGCUUCCCGUGAAGCAUCCAUCCUUGAGGAAGAUGAGCCGGCUACAGGCAGUGUGCCUGUAGCCGGCCCAUCUUCCUCGCCCUUGCAACCUGCCGACAAAUCUCGCCCUUCCGCGCGACCGUCAGAGGAGAUGGCGAAGCAGAAGAAGAAGAAGCGCACUGUCCCUGAUGCUGAAGAAGGUAGCCGCGAUACCCCUACACCCGCUCAGCCGGCCCCUCCUGAAGAUUCAGCAACCGGCUCGCCUGCUAAGAAGAAACUGAAAAAGAAGGUCUCGAUCGCGCUUUCUCUUGUGCAGAAUGAAGACGAAGACGAUAUGCCAGAGACGAGCGGGAACGUUCGGGAGGAGCCUGUGAAGCAAAAGAAGGCCCAGACUCGUCGAACAGCUCGGACGGAAGAGAGCAGUACCGCGAUGGCGCAGAAGGAUACGCAGCUGGAAAAGAACACAGAGUCCGUCGAGGAAGUUUCAUCCGAGACCGAGGCUGCUCCUACUUCGAUCUCUCCCGCUGAGGCCAGUGCAAACCCAGAACAGCAAGAAAGUGCGAUGAAGAGAAGACAGAAGAAGAAGAAGCAGACGGAGGAAGAGCAGCCUCCAGCCGUCCCCUCCGCUGUUCAGCCUCCUUUUGCUGCAAAACCCGACAAGCCGGCCAAGGCGAAGAAGACGAAGACACCAGCUGCAGCGGCGCAAGAAGAGCAACAGCCCGAGCCCGAGCCCGCUCCUGCCCCGGCUGCUCCACUUGCCACCCUAGAGGGCAAGUCUGACAAGCCGGCGAAGAAGACGAAAGAGCAGGGCGCACAGCAACAGCAGGCAGGCGAUGUGUCUGACCCGCGCCCUACUGCCGACGCCGCAACCACAUCGCAUGAGGCAGUUGAAACACAGUUGCCUGCUUCGAAGACCAAGGGGCGCAAGGGCAAGAAGGACACAGCAUCUACUAAAUCUGCUGAGGAGAAGGCAGCUCGCUCAACGUCUGAUAAUGAUAACAUGUGGGCGGAUAUCUUUAAAAAGGUGGAACAACGGCGUGUGGCAUCCUCCGGUGCUGAGGUCAACAAGACGCCUGAGGUACAGCCUCGCGUCGUCAAGGGCAAGCAGAGCAAGUCCAAGCUGAGUGCGUCUAGGGUACCAGGGGAUGAUGCCGAGGCCAGAACAGUGGAACCGACUGUCGAGCGGGAGUCGCCAUCGACUAGACCUGCGCUUCCUGUUCGGAGCAGUGAGAAGAGAAUUCCCGUUGCACCCACGAGUGGGAUAACUGUCGGAGCUCUGCCCGUGAAACACCCCACGCCCGCUAUUUCAUUGCUGCGGACUGCUCUCUUUUCCUCCUCGCGGUCUGCUGUAGAAUCGACUGGAACGAACGAGGCUGCAAUCUCCGAAGACGUUCACUUGCCAGUGGGUUCACAACCCCAUGCGGAGCUGUCCCACGCGAAUGUUGCCGCGAUCGAGACAGAGACCCGGUCAAAGCCGUCAAGCCUUGGCGUUUCUUCUGCUGCUGCUGAAGCGAUCGCGGAGGUAACGGUCGAGGGCCAGGGAGAAAGCCGUAGCGACGAGAGCUCCAGCAGCGAUGACGAGGAUGAAGGCGAUGGGGAGGCCGAGGCGGGGGUGAAGCGACCUUCGGAUGUCACUGCGAGCUCGGUGAACUUGAAAUCUGCUGCUCUUCCUCGAGGCCCUGUGUCGCGACGCAGCGUUCUUGACGAGAUAUCUUCGGAAAGCAGUAAUGAAGGCGAGGAUGAAGACUCUCAGGAGGACAUCGAUGUGGACGAGGAGGAGGAGGAGGAGGAGAUGGGGCUUGACAAGCAAAAGCGCCGUCCGUCGCGAAAGAACAACCGGGCUAUAUUAAGUUCAAAUGACGAUGUGGACGCGAAUUCCAACGACGGAGAGGAAGAAGUUGUGCCUCCAACAUCCGUGGAUGUUGGCCCUCAAGAUACUGCUGGUACCGUCGAAGAUCCACUCAAUCUGGACGGCAUCUCAGUCAGAGAUAAACCCGUUCCAGCGCCAGAAGGAAAGUCGGCAAGCUCUCAAGAGGGUGAUAAAUCCCGAAUAAACUUGGCAGCUGGACGGGAGGGGCUUGAAGCUCGAAGCAUGACGAAGAAGAGCGGCAAAGCUACAUCUCAGAAAAUCUCUGUAUCGCAAGGCAGCAAACUUCCGGGGGAGUCAUCUGCUCAAGGAUCUGACCACGUUCAAAACAGCUCGGAGAGCGCGGACUCAGGGCCAUUCGCUAAGCCACCCAUUCAGCCCGACACCGAUGAUGUAGUCGGCUCUAUCACGCUGGUGAUUCCUGACCCGAGCCAGGCUAACAUGGACAUUGGAGACAUCAUCAUGCCAGCAGAUGACCUGCUAGAAGCCAUCGAUCACAGUAUGCCGGAUAACGUUUCAAUCGAGCAGGAUGCCGAGGAGUCGCGGCCGAGUACUUCGUCUCCGUACAGUUCACCUAGAAAGGGCACGCCGAAGCGCAUGAAGGACCGUCGCGGGAGAACCCCGAAGGACAGCGAGCUGCCUGUCCUUGCCUCAGAGAACUUUGAGGAACUGGCUCAGUCAACGCCUGCGCGUGCCAGGAAGCCAGAUUCAUCGUUGCCUCAGCGCGAUUCCGAGCCGAUCGCUGCGCGAAUUCGCAAGUCUGCCCGGAAGGCUGCAUCGACGACGCGGAAGUCAUUUCCGCUGGCGACACCCACUCCAUCCACCGCGAAGCGACGGGGACGACUGCCGCUAUCAAAAGAUGGGAAAGCUCGAACAAAAGCGGGGAAAGAACAAGCCGCUGCCAAGAAAAGUGUUGCGGACGAGAAGAUCAAGGAGGCGAAGAAGGCGAACCCGCGACAGAAAGCGUCUGCCGCGAAGAAGAGUGGCAAAGCCGUGAAGCCCGCUAGCGCAUUCAAAGUUGUGACCAAUACCGCCGCCGACGACGAUCAACCCUCCGCCGAUGAUGGUCCAGCUACACCUCGCCCAACCACUCAAGAUGUACAGCCCCCGGCUUGGACAACUUUGACACAGGGUGGGGACGAGCUUACUGUUGAACCAGAGUCACUGCUCGAUGAGCUGGGGUCAAGCAGUCCCGCCCGCAGCGCAUCUGGGACAGGCCUCCUUCCGGCGAAGAAAUUAUUUUCAGUUGAGAUCGUGCGUAGCAAGACGAGCUCGCAACCCGCUGCUCAGGUCGCGGAUGAUCAGAAUGCGUCUCAGUCUUCUCAUGAUGCAGCAUCGGAUGUGCAUCCCGCAAGCCAGGAAUCGAGGGAUGCCGCUGAAGGUGACGCGCUCUUCCUACCGGACAAUAGCCAGUAUCAAACGCAGCAAAAUACGCAGAAUCCCAUUUCUGCGAAAGGCAUGAUGCCAACCUCAUUUCCAUCCAUUGGCUCUGACCCGGACGAUGGCGCUUUUACCGUCACGAAGCGUCCGGCUGCGCGCUCAGGUCCAUGGAAUGCGAAAACACAGUUCCGCCGCUUGUCAAAUGUGACGAGUCAGCAGCUUUUCCGUCCCUUGGACAGCAGCAGAGCGUCGUUGACGCUGGCCGUUGCCAACAAGAGUAGCAUUACUGACCAGAUCGAGGAUGAUGGCGACGAUGAGGACGACGACGACUCGGAUAAUUCGGGGUCAGAUUCGGACAAGGUAACAAAGUCUCAUGUUCCGCAGGACAGGAGAGCAGGCACGGGCAUUCAGAAAAAGAAGAAAUCCGGACUUACAUCUUUCACUAUGUAA